CAGGCGCAGGCGCAGGGGCGGACAAGACCGGGGCGGCGAAAAGAUGGUGUCUCCGUCGAUGCUCGGGCAGUUGUACUCUGUCCUCUUCCGCAGGUCGUCCGCCUUCGCGCUCACCAUCGCCGUGAGCGCCUUAUUCUUCGAGCGCGCCUUCGACCAGGGCGGCGACGCGCUCUACGAAACCAUCAACCAAGGGAAGCUGUGGAAGCACAUAAAGCACAAGUAUGGGGAGGAGUAGCUGCUGGUGCCAGACCGGACGCGAGCGAGAGCGAGGGGAGGGUCCCGAUCUCCGUGGACGGCGGCGCUCGGCGCAGAGAAGACCCAGUCGGAGGCUGCUCGUGAGGUGCUCAGGACGUUCUUUCCUCCACUUUGGCUGCAUCUGCUCUGAGAACCUACAAAUAAAUAGGAUGUGAAUUUAUCUGUGAAA